ACCUCACUUCAGUUGCAUUUUCACCGUGUCUUGUAGUUGCGCAAAUAUAUCUGGCAUUUUCUGUGAAACAAACAGCUUUUACUGAUUGACAGAAGCCAAGGAAGGACACAGAAGGAUGGCUUCCUUAUUGGAGUCAACGAAGACGAUAGUGAAGUCCCUGCUGGUGUCCGUGGGCGGAACAACAACGGUGGAGUUGUUGGAAAAGGACUAUAUGAAUAUGGAAGAGGAGAGACUUCCCUACGGCAUGCUGGGCUUCUCAACCGCUGAGGCUUUUGUCAGAAGCCUGAAUGAUCUCGUGCGCGUUAACGGACAUGGACGAUCGGCUGUUGUGGAGCUUCUCGUGACGAAGAACUCCAAGUCACUUCAUAUACAGCAAAUGGUGAAAGCACAGAAAAAGGACAAGAAGUUCAAUGAGAAAUUCCAGCGAAGCGCUCGACAGCACAAUAGUGGGAAUUGGCAGCGCAGCCGCUACAGCACGAAUCAGAGGAAUCAGACGCAAACGACUUAUCCUCCAGCGCCUCUCUUUAAUCAGUAUACAGCAGUACAAUAUCAGUACCCGAUCCCGUUAAGUAUGAUACCGCUUCAGGCCUUGCAAAGUGUUCUAACAAGGAAUGUAUUUAGGGAUAAUUUUCCGGAAUACUCACCAACAUUUCCAUGCAACGCUUCUCAUCCCUUGUUCAGCAAUGCUCCACAGCCAACACAGCAUCCGCCGCAGUAUUCCCAGAGGCUGAUUGAGACGAGCAUUCGUCGUGAGCCUGAGAGAACAAAGACUCCGUCACCGAUCAGAACGCCUCCAAGGACUCCAUCGCCGAUCGAAAGGCCUCAGACUCCGCCAAAGACAGUGCCUCAGCUGGCGUCGCCCGCACAAGAGAGUCCAGAGCCUGUAGAGUUUGAGGAUGAAUGGGAAAUCCCUGAUGUGACGAGCAUUCGUCCUCCGCCAGGAUACACAGAGUCGUGUUUUGGCUCAAAGUCCAGCAUCGGCAGCACAGAAGACUUCUUUUCCAAAGUCACGGACAACAUUGCUAAGCUGGAGAGAUUGAGUAUCACUGAGGAUUCGGUGCACACGCAUCUGGACUCCAUCUCGCUGGAGAGCUUGACUCUGGAGGCUUCCGGGAACAUUGCGGAUCCCGCACUGCCGGACUGGGUGUACGAGACCAUGGAAAUCGUCCCGGACGGCAUGGCGAGCUACAAGGAUGAGCUGAAGAUCAAUGAGCGCACUGACAUCCUGACCAUUGGGAAGUGGUCGGAAAUCUACGUGACGGAAGUUCACAAUCCGCACAAGUUCUUCUUCCAGACUGAAAAGGAGCAGGCGGAACUCAACGCUGUCAUGGAUGAUCUCAAGUCCUUCUACUCGAGGUCAUCCAAUGACUCGCUGGAGCCGAAAUUCCACGAAUUGCGUCCAAAAUUGCCGGUGGCUGGACUGUUUGAGAAUGUCUGGCAUCGUGGUGUCACACUUUCUGAGCCAUUUCAGCUGCAGAAGCAGAAUAUGUGCAAGAUUUACUACGUGGAUUACGGCACGGUGGACAAUGUGCCGCUGGCGGGGAUUCGCUUCCUGCACAAGCGCUUCCUGGAUCAGCCACAACUGUGCCAUCGGGCCUCGAUGAGUGGCAUUCUGCCCUUGGGCGAGUCGUGGGACGUCAAAGUGACGCGAUUUCUGCUGGCGCACGUGAUUGGACGCAAGCUGUACGCCAUCGCGAAUAGCUUCUACGCCCCUGAUCGCUCGUGGCACGUUGAGCUGGUGAAUCCUGCCACAACGCCCAGCCUCAACAUCAACAUUGCCAUGAUUGAGGAGGAACAGGCGAGAUAUUACGACAGACCGGAUCUGGAGGACUACAUGGAUUAUUACAAGAAACAUCCUCCGACCUUCGAUGAACUGAUCUGUGGGCAAUAUCCGACGUAUUCCGAGCUCCUGGAAUACAACCGGCUGGGAAUUGAGUAUCAGAUUGAGUUGCGCAAAGAGUCGCGUGCCACUGAGGAAAAUGCGGAAAAUGUGUUGUAUCUCAGUGAAACGAAUCCCUUCAUUGAGAUGUUGCGGGAGAAAAAUUUCCGCGUCAUUCCGAUUCAGCGAAAUUGCUCUUCCACUCAGAAUUGUCUGGAUAGUUAUGAGAAGAAGGCAAUUCCACUGGACAAUUUGAACAUUCCAAUUGACAAGGCGCACAUCAGCACAAAUCCUUUUAUGAAUUACGACUAA